AUGAAUAUCCUCCUCGGCCGUCUCCCACCGAUUGAUAUAUUAAUGUGGCCUUGGCACCAAGUGCUAUUCUAUAGCAAUGAAACGUUCCCAAAAUCAGUGGGCCAUUUUUUACGCAAAAGAUUUCAAAAAUUUAUAGAUAGUUUAGAAAAUCUACAGGACAAAGAAAAUGCAUACGAUCUAUUCGAUUGGCAUGUGCGCUUCCAAAUAAUCGACAAUUCAUGUUUAUCGCUUGACCAAUUAUCGGCUAUUUAUUGGGGAAAAUAUUCGUUUAAUGGUGAAUCGUGUCAGGCACACUUUAAUUUCAAAAAUUGUUUUGGAUCAGUUGUUGAUUGCAUUAUUGAUGAGAUUCGAGAUAAUUCAAUUGAAUAUAAAAAGGAAGUGAUUGAAAUUCAAAUACACAACAGUUUCAGGACAAAAAUAAAUGAAAAUGCUAAGACACACAUGACGACGGCAAAUGUUUCUGUGAAAUGUACCGACGGCACUGUCUACACGGCAAAUCACGUUAUAGUGACUUUUUCAUUGGGCGUUUUAAAAAAAUUACAUAAAAAUCUGUUUAAGCCAACUCUACCGUCGCCAAUUCAUUCAGCAAUCGAAAGCAUUGGCUUUGAAACUAUAAAUAAAAUUUUCUUGGAAUUCGAUACCGUGUGGUGGAACGAUUUAGAUGGUAUACAAUUUGUUUUCAAUUAUAAAAGAGAGAAAAAACAAUGGACAGAUUAUUUAACCGGUUUCGACAUAAUGCAACCACAGAGCUCAAACAUUUUAUUGGGUUGGGUCGGUGGAGCUGGGGCCAUCCAAAUGGAAAAACUGAAUGAUGAACAAAUUAUAGGCGAUUGUGUAAAAUUACUAUCCAAGUUUACAAAUCAAUCCGUUCCGUAUCCAAAUCGAUACCAUUGCACACGAUGGCAUUCAAAUCCAUUUGUGAGGGGAGCAUACAGCUAUAUAAGUACAAAAUGCGAUAGUAACGAAACAAUUUCGCAAAAUAUAUUAAAUAAAGCAGUGACACUUGAGGAUUUUUACUCAACGACAGGAAUGGACGAGUGCAAUGAUGAAGACCAUAAUUUAAAAUUAAAUUUAGAAAUGCUUAAAAAACGGCAAAAUUAUUUUAAUUUUAUGCAUAAGCCGUCGGCACCAGUUGUUUUAUUUGCUGGUGAGGCUUGCCAUGAUAAAUAUUUUUCCACUGCACACGGUGCAUUUGCAUCCGGAAUUGAGCAAGCACAAAAAAUUAUUGACCUUUAUAAAUGAAUAGAAAUGUCCAUUUUCUGCUGUUUUUCCUAGAUUUUUGAACUUACACUUCAAUAGCAUUAAAACUUCAAAAUGACCAUCUGUGCAACAUUUAAUAAAGAAUUUGAUCAAACAAUCAAUGA